AUGGCCAAGAGACCAUUGGAGUCCGCUUUAGGAUCAAGGAAAGAAGGGGGUGAGAAGAAACAUGUGGUUAUAGUGGAGCCUAAUGAGGAGGACCGUAAUGAAGAUGAGGAAGACCGUAGUGACGAUGAUGACUCUGAUUCUGAUCCAGAGUCAGCUUCUCCAGCUCAUAAUGAACGUCCUACUAAGAAACAAAGAAAACAAUUAUCCGCACAAGAAGUUCAAAUAGCCCGUGAAACAGCUGAGUUGUUCAAGUCAAAUAUCUUUAAGCUCCAGAUCGAUGAGUUGAUUAAGGAAAUGAAAAUUAAGGACUCCCAUAUCCAGAAAAUAGAAAAGGUGUUACACCGAUUACAUCAUUUGAUAUCGCAAGUUCCGGCUUCAGAAACGUUAUCUUUAAGCCAGGCCGAACAAUUGUUCAAUCAUAGAAAGGUUGCAAUUCCAUUCCCCAAUCCUAAACCCACCAAAGCUAAUUACACAUUUGCCUAUUCUCCUCCUGAAGAUGUUAGUCUUGUUGGAUCGUUUGGGUUGAAAACAGGCAUUUCCCAGUCACAUGGCUCUUCUCCUUCCAUUGAUAUUGCAUUGACCAUGCCUAAAAGUCUUUUCCAACCCAAGGAUUUCUUGAAUUAUAGAGCAUUAUAUAAGAGGGCCUUUUAUUUGGCAUAUUUGGUGGAACACUUAAUUCCUUUAAGCAAGAAGCAUCAUUUACCCAUUAAAAUCUCCUAUCAAUUCCUUAAUGAUGAUGUGUUGUGUCCUACACUUAAGUUGGAAAGCAUUAAAACUGAUAAUGAAGAGGAUUUACAUUUUAUUAACACUAAAUUCUCCAUUAACAUUCUUGUUGGCUUCCCAUUUGGGGUCUUUGAUCAAAAGAAGUUAUUACCAGAUAAAAACUGUAUAAGGGUUCAAAGAACAAUGGAAGAUGAUGGUGGUGAGGGCCACUUACCUCCAACACCAAUCUACAACGCUUCUGUUCUUUCUCUGACAGCUUAUGACUACUACCUCAAAUACCUAUACACCACUAAGAAAUCUACAGAAGAAUUCAAGCAUGCCUGUGUUUUAGGAAGACUUUGGUUACAACAACGUGGGUUUGGAUCUUCAUUUACUAAAGGAGGUUUUGGCCACUUUGAGUUUGCUAUGUUAAUGGCAGCCUUAUUAAAUGGUGGUGGUUUGAACGGUAAUAAGAUCUUAUUGCAUGGGUUUUCUUCUUAUCAGUUAUUCAAAGGUACCAUUAAAUAUUUGGCUACCAUUGACUUAAGUUCAGGCUAUCUUUCCUUUUCAAGUCUUGUGGGGGAAUCAAUUACAUCUAAAUAUAAUCCAGAAGGUUUUAAUGUUCCUACAGUUUUUGAUAAGAAUGUCAAAUUGAAUAUACUAUGGAAGAUGACCAAUUCUUCUUAUAGUUUAUUACAAUCUAGUGCAAUAGAAACAAUGGAAUUAUUGAAUGAUGUGGUUAGAGACAGAUUUGACCCCAUUCUCUUACAGAAAUCCAAUGUGGAUUAUCUCCAGUAUGAUGUGUUGAUGAGCUUGACAGUCCCCGAUUCAAUUUAUGCAUCCUUUUCACCUUUGGAAAAGAUCUCCUUUAUUACUUUUGAGAAUUACUUUAAGAAUAAGCUUUAUGUGGUGUUGAAAAAUGCAUUGAAAGAUAGAGUGACCAACAUUUCCAUUUUCAAUGAACGUUUGUCCAAUCAAUUCCCCAUCAAUAAACUGAAACCUUUGACUUCAAGUUCUCCUCAAACUUUCAAGAUUGGGUUACGGUUGAACCCGGAAGAAGCAGAGAAAUUGGUGACAAAGGGUCCCAACAAUGAAGAUGAAAAGGCUGCUUUGAAGUUUAAAGCAUUCUGGGGUUCAAGAGCCUCUUUAAGAAGAUUCAAAGAUGGUACUAUCCAAUAUUGUGUUGUCUGGCAACCCAAGGAAAAUGAAUCUAUUGUACUCUCUAUUGCCAGAUAUGUUCUUGAUUUACAUAUUGAAAAGGAAAUCUCACAUAAUUUGGGACAUGAAGCUGCCUCGUUCUCCUCCAAAUUACCAACUCCGCUCUUACCAGCAACUUCUAACCAGGUGGUGACCUCAUUGGUCAGCUUCAAUAAUCUCAAGAAUUCAUUUGAAGAAUUGCAGAAGGUUAUCUCUAAUAUACCGGUUGGUAUUAAGCACUUGUUGCCAGCAUCAUCUGGUUUAAGAUAUACUUCUGUUCUUCAACCAGUUCCAUUCGCUACUUCCAACCCUGAUUUCUGGAAUGAUUUGGUAUUACAACUUGAAUCAUCGUCCAAAUGGCCUGAUGAAAUCAGUGCUCUUGAAAAUACUAAAACUGCCUUCCUACUCAAAAUAAGUGAAUCCUUGAACAAGGAAACCGCCUAUAAGGCAUUUAUUACCAAGGAUGAUUCAAUUACAUUCAAUGACCAUAUUUGCUUGUUGAAUAUUUUAACACCAGAGGGUUAUGGGUUCAGAAUUAGAGCCUUAUCUGAAAGAGAUGAAUAUUUAUACUUAAGAGCAGUGGCUAACGCUGAUAAACAAAAGGCAUUGGCUCAAGACAUCUAUUUACAAUUCAACAGAAAGUAUUUAGGUGUUGUUAAGCACACCCGAACCAUUACUUCCAUGGCCCAUCAUUUCCCUUACUAUUCUGGUACUGUUCGGUUGUUCAAGAGAUGGCUUGAUUCUCAAUUGAUGUUAACUCACUUUCCAGAAGAGUUACUUGAAUUAAUAGCCAUCAAACCAUUUGUUGAUCCAGCUCCCUACACCACCCCGAACUCUAUUGAGAAUGGGUUCCUUCAGGUAUUGAAUUAUUUGUCCUCUUGGAACUGGAAGGAAAAUGCAUUGAUCUUGGACUUAAUUAGAGGUACUCCAACUCAUUUAGAAGAUGACUACAAGGUGGCUAAUUUGAGUGACAAGUUAAGUAUUCAAGCAUACCGUGUGAUUGAACUGAACUUCACUAAGAUCCGUCAAAAUGAUCCCUCUGCCAUUAAGACUCAAUUCUUUAUUGCCUCAAAGGAUGAUCCUUCGGGUAUUUUAUGGUCUAAUGAAGGGAACCUCCCCAUUGCUACCAGAUUAACUGUUCUUGCUAGAGCUGCAAUGCUGUUGAUUAAAGAGCAUGCAUUAAGUGAAUCUACCAUAGACUUAAUCUUUACUCCAUCAUUGAAUGAUUACGAUUUUGUCAUAUACACCAAGCCAAGUAAUUUGGUUGUCUCAUCAGGAGUUCUUCCUCCCAAUUCCUUUAAGAACUUGGUAGGCACAGAGACUUCGUUCCCUGAAGAUUUGACCUCUAAAUAUGAUUUAAAUGAUGCCUUUUUCCAUCAUUUGAAUGCCAAGUUUGGUAACAUCUUGAUCUUUUCUACGCAAAAGUUCUCAGCCUUGGCAAGUGAAGGUUCUAAUGUGAUUUGUGGGUUAUUUAUCCCUGUAUCUUUGGCUAAGAAGAAGUUUAAAGUGACUUUAGGUAUGGAUAUAAAACCUUUGGAUGGCUCAAAAGAUGAAGUUGUGGUUAAUAAAAGCUCUAUCUUUUCUCAGAUCUCUUUACUUGGUGGAGACUUGGUAAGGACCAUAAAGGAAAAGAAAUAA